AUGUCGUGCAGCUCUGCCGCUUCCACUAGUGCCAAAUCUGGCCUGUCGGCGAUCAGGUACACGCACAUUCCUCAUCAAGUCCCAUACCUGCUAGGCCUGUCGCUACAAGAGCAUCUCGUCUCCCGUCGAGCUCAAGCUCGCGAAUUUCUCUCCCAGCAGCCUUCUCAGGGUCCUCAUUCCGGUCACAGCGAGCCUGCGAAAUCAUAUGAGCGUGCUAGUAGCAUAGCUCACACGGACCAUCUUCUCUUGCUGGAGCAUACACCCGUCUACACAGAAGGACGGAGGCAAAGCUCUACGGAGCUCAGUGGCAAUGAACAAGAAGGCAACAGGCUUCGAGCUAUCGGCGCAGAUUAUGUACAGACACGGCGGGGCGGACUUGUCACGUAUCAUGGUCCUGGUCAGCUUGUAGGCUACCCCAUCUGGGAUAUAGGCGCGAUGGACGUGAGUCGCUGGCUGAUGAGCUACGCUGUAUUGCUUCAAUAGCAACAGUGGUCGAGCUCAGCAGAAUUUGUAAUGUUCAUCAACGGCGCACCUUGCUUUGCCCUGAUCCCACAGCUUUCAACGCGCUGUUACGUGGAUAAGAUCCAGACAGCCCUAACACAGCUGCUCCACAGUGCGCCUUAUCAUCUCUCCACCGUGCCAGCGCAGUCGGACGAGACGGGCGUGUGGUCCGACAUUUCUCACAAGAUAGCCUCCAUCGGCAUUCAGGUCCGUCAUCGCAUCACCUCUCACGGCUUUGCUUUGAACGUUGGCAUGCACGUCUUGCCGUGGUUUGAACAUAUCGUAGCUUGCGGAAUAGUGGGAAAGGGCAUGACGAGCAUAGAGCGGGAAAGGGCGCUGUUGAUCAAGAGGGAAGAAGAAACUAGACCGGAUAGAGGUGCAGCCGACAACGUCGAAGAGGGCAGAGUGAAAGCUCUAGAAGAGCUAGCUGAGAGGCAAGGACUGGUACAGCCCCAAGACUCCGGCCGUAGAGAUCCUAGGGAGAGUGCGAAAUUGUUCGUCGGGCCAGAGUCUCGGACAAAGGUCGAAGACGUUGUGCCAGACCUGGUCCAGCACUUUAGCCGCACAUUCGGCAGGAAGAUCGUCCCUGCCCCUGCAACUCAAUUCGUCUUCCGAGCAGAUGCUCCGGGAGUCUUAGCCGGUGUCACAGUCGAUGGAGAAGACAUCAAUGUGACACAAUGA